CUGCGGGAAUUGAUAACCUGUCGUCUUCGUUAGGAUCUUCGUCUAUUGUGUCAUGAGAUGGACUCCUCAAAGAAUAUCUCGUUGAAAGGCUACUGGCACGUGAGUCGAGAAAAGAUCUGCCAGACCGAGAAAAUGGUGAGUUAGGUGGUGUUGCCAGUGAUGUCCUUUCUGUCCUUGAAGAUGUUGUGUCGCCGUUAUAGGUGGUGGUUAAAGACAACGAGUCGGCGAGAUGUGAAUACAGACGGUUCUUUGAUUUAUCCUUGCUCCAAGCCAAGGAUAAAGUCGGAACAUCCUGUUCAUCGACAAAUUCAGAUGCUUUCAUAAGGUUCUUCUUAUACUGCCCAAAUGCCUGAAGAUAGAACGUUACCAUCAAAAUGAGAAAGGAUCCAAGCGUGAUGAUGACAUUCCCGGGCAAGGCAGCCUGUAUUCGAUUACACUGGGCUGCAGUUGGCUCAACGAUGCCCAUCGAGGUUAAUAGGUCGAAUAUUCCCGUCAUUAUCAAACAAUAGAGAUGGAUUGAAUACGAAAUAAUCGAUCCAAGCUGCCAAACACCAAUACAAACUGAUAUGAAAUAUAUUUCCAUGUGUUGCCAUUUAUAUAGACGGAAAUAAGAUGGCAAACCACAUCCUUCAUGCCCAUAAGAGGGUACUUGCUCCGGAUUAUUCGUUCUCUUCCGCCGCUGCUUUAUUUUCUUUCGAAUGAAGUGAAAUGCUUUGAUUAAAAAUGUGGAUGAAAUUGAUAUACCCGCAGCAAAUAAUACGAGGCCUAAACCAAUGUAAUCAGCCUUAGUUUUCAUCACAAAUCUGGCCUUGAGAAGAAUGCCACUGAUGACCAAAAAUACCCCGUAUUCUGAGACGGCCUCGUUGUAUGUAUAGUCGGAUUCCAAAGCUAUUCCUCCAAAGGAGGUUACAUCGAAGGCGAUUGCUGGAACGAAGAUACACCCUACAAUGAAUACAAGUAAAAUUGUGACCCCACCGAGGAUCGCUCCGAGCUGGCCCCACCGAUACAUUCCCCAAGACUUUGGUUUGAUAUCUGAUGCAUUGCAUGGUAUUUUUGACAAAAACUUCCAAGUUGAUUUCGAGGCAGCUUGUGAUUCGUCGCUCAUAUCUCUAUCUGCGAUCUCGAUUAGUGGACCAUCAGAGCUAAGAGGAUCAUUUCCAGUCGAUUCUUGUUCUGUAACAAUUUGUGAUAGACUCACAUUGCCUUCAAUAUCCUGACGAAUACUAACUGCUUUGUUUACAGCUUUUUCGUGGUAUUCAAGAAGAAACUGAGAACUUACCCGCGACAUCCUUUGAGCGACAAUCAUACAAUAGCACCCAGCUUUUGGGAGAACAAUCGCUUUUAACGCAUAGUACACGUCGUCUCCAUUGUUAGGCGUAUCUCUUCCACCGAUGAAUACAAGAAAGAUUGCGAACCCAAUAAUCAAAGUGAAGAUGUCAAUGACACUUAGUCUCGCCAGCGCAUCUAACCACAAAAGCACAGUGCCUCUUCGUUUGACACCGAGGUACUUUGGUGGAACCAUCCAAAUCACCAAAGAUAAGAAAAGCUUAAUGUAGGGCCAGAUGCCAGCGAAUGCCCAUAUCAAAACGAUCAUUUCAGCACCGCCGUUUUUAUACGUGUUCCAUGUAGAACUCAAAAAUCUGAAUUCGAGAAAAUUUUGUAUUGUGAAAGAUUGACCGGCAAGCGUGACAUCAAGAUUUACGACGGAAAGAAUUCCGAAGUGUCCUCCAAGAUAUAAUCCGACAUUCAACAUGAUCAAAAUUGGGACGCUCCAUCGAACAGAUUUGGGAAUGGAGGUACUUCUGAACAGCGAAGAAGUGUUUGCAUCUAACCAGUCUUCUAUAGCACGUUCUUUCUCUUGUUGACAAUCUAAGAAAAAACGACCUUCGUUCGACAAUGAUUGCGUCCAUUUCUUAUUCCUACGGGCAAGUAAUAACUUCCCGUAAAGCCCAAAAAUGAUUAAACAACUUGCAACGACAGAGUUGGCAAUACUGAAGUACAUCGGAUUCUGUUUUUCUUCCGAGCGAACGAAGCCGAAUGCAGCGUCCGUAAAUAAAGCAGAAUCAGAUUUAUUGAUUGAUUCGUAACUUGGAUCGAACUCAGGUCGGUGUGGACAACGCUUCUUGGACUCAGCAACAAUAUCGUUCAAAAAUGUUUGUAAAAAUCCAGACUCCAUUAGGCUGCUGGUCUGCUCCCGGACCGCAGCUGUUAUAUCUUGCGGUUCGUAGAGAGAUAAGAGUAGUUUAUCGAAGUCGGGGCUUGUGCAAGAUUUGCAAGAAAUUUCUAUAUCAAACUCACCAGUAGAAUAGCUCUGGUCGAAUAAUUGAAGUCCCUGAAAUGAUUCUCCUUCCCCAGAUGUUGGCAAAAUAGUCGAAGCCCAACAAAAGCUAUCCGUCAAGUCUUCCAGUGGAAAGGCAGAAAUAGAAUUUUCUAGAACUCGGAGUAGGAUUGAGGUCUGGACAGUUACAUCUUCUAUCAAAAAUGAAACAAAUAUUUCAUUGUGAAUCUUCAUUUCGGCACCAUCGUCUAAUGAAAUUGAGACCGUACCCUGAAAACGCAGUGGUUUCUCGUCGACUCCAAACGAAAGUUUGUUAUCUAAAACAUUUGCAUAGCCACUUACUGGCCGGAAGAAAUAAAGUGGAUCACCGACACUAUCGAGAUUUUCCAAGACGACAUCCGAUAUUUUUAUUUUGAAAUCUGCUUGAAGUCCCGCAAUUUGUACCACAGAUUCUGUGUCGAGGGCUGUGCCCGCUAUCUCGACCAUGCCUGUGGUGUUGGACUGUUGCUUAGUGAGCUUUUUAAGCCAAUCAUUGAUGACGGGUCUAUUUGAUGCCCCGGUCUGCAUGACUUCUUUGUCCAAUACAUCAUAUGCAAUUUGGAAUACAUUGCCGUAACGUGAAAUAUUGCUCCCGCCGAGUUGCUGUGACUCACUGGCUGACAAGAACAAAUCGCGGAAGUCGAUGAGACCAUCGAUAGGAUAUUCUGGAGGAGGUAAGCAUUUGCUUGCUGUCGAUUCCAAAAUGCUAGGAAUUAAAGCGUUAACAAUCUC